AUAACGGCCAUAUUUGGAGUUAAAAAUUCAAACUUGAAGCGGUUUAUUUGAAUGUUGGGAGAAACACGAACGAACGAAAAAGUGAAAUCCAUCGAUAGAAAGUAAAAAAUGUCUUUAAGCAAGCAGAAAGAUUCGAGAAAAAAUCAACAUAUACAAGUAUAUGUACGUUGUAGGCCUAUAAACAGUGCUGAAAAAAGCACUUCAUUUUCAGUUGUGGAAGUAUGUUCAGAACUGAAAGAAAUAAGAGUUCAAGAAAAAAAUGGAGGUAGAGAAUGUACCAAAGUCUUUAAGUUUGAUAAAGUAUUUGGCCCAAGUUGUGGUCAGGAUGAUAUCUAUAAAACAGUAAUGAAUCCUGUUAUUGAAGAAGUGUUAAUGGGAUAUAAUUGUACAGUAUUUGUUUAUGGUCAGACAGGAAGUGGGAAGACAUAUACAAUGGAAGGGGAUCAUAACUUGGAUAUUUCAGCAUGGGAUAAACAUCCAAAGAUAGGAAUAAUACCAAGAGCACUUAAUCAUCUGUUUGACGAACUUGAGAAACAAGAUGUUGAGUUUACUUUGCAUAUUUCUUUUCUUGAGUUGUAUAACGAAGAAUUGUUUGAUCUUUUGAGUCCUGAAACUAGCAACUUAAAGCUACGUCUUUUUGAAGAUGCCACACGCAAGGGUUCUGUUGUAAUUCAAGGAUUAGAAGAAAUAUCUGUUCAUUCAAGAAAUGAAGUUUAUAAAAUUUUGGAAAGAGGAUCGGCUAAACGAAAAACAGCUGCUACUAUGCUCAAUGCUACUUCUAGUCGUAGUCACACUGUAUUUUCCAUUACAAUGCAUGUUAAAGAAACUACUACUAAUGGUGAUGAAUUACUUAAAACUGGAAAGCUUAAUCUUGUUGAUUUGGCUGGUAGUGAAAAUAUAGGCCGAUCUGGUGCAAUAGAUGGACGUGCACGAGAAGCAGGAAAUAUCAAUCAAAGUCUUCUGACACUUGGAAGAGUUAUCACUUCUUUAGUUGAGAAGGCUCCUCACAUUCCUUAUCGAGAGAGCAAACUCACCCGGCUUCUUCAAGACUCUCUUGGAGGUCGCACUAAAACGUCAAUUAUAGCUACCAUUUCUCCAGCUCAAAGCAAUGUAGAAGAAACAUUGAGCACUUUGGACUAUGCUCAUCGUGCCAAAAAGAUCACUAACUGUCCAGAAAUUAAUCAGAAGAUGACAAAACAAGCAUUACUAAAAGAAUAUACACAAGAAAUAGAGAGAUUACGAAGAGAUUUAGCUGCAGCAAGAGAGCGCAAUGGCAUAUUUGUUGAUGCUACAAAUUAUGAAAAUAUGCAGCACGAAUUAAGUAGAAAAUCUGAAUCAAUCAAAGAGUUGGUGUCAGAAAUAGAAGCACUAAAAGAACAAAUGGAAAAGGUGAAUGCUUUAUUUAUUGAAACUCAAGAACAUCUAGUACAAAAAGCAAGUGAACUUGAAAAGUGUAAUAAAGAUCUUGAAGAAAAAGAAGGUGAAUUAACUGUAACUACACAGAAGCUGAAAAACACAGAAGAGAAAUUAAAUAAAACAGAAAUUGAAAAGGCAGAACAACAAUAUUUAGCUGAACAAAGAGCUAAAACAGAAAAACAGCUUGUCUCUCAUGCACAGAAGCUGAUUGAAGUUGCAGAUGAAAGUACAGGAGAUGUAAAUGCUUUACAUGCAAAACUAGAUAGAAAACAUUCAGUGGAAAUUGCAAAUGAACAACAUACAAUGAUGUUUAGAAAUAAAUUCCAACAAAGCAUUAGAUCUUUAGAAGGUCAUUUGUUAGAGCUGUCUGAAAAACAGACUGAAAAUAAUCAGAAAUUGCAUGAUUCAAUUACUAAAACAUUAAAACUGUAUGAAGAAAAUUCAGUUUCCUUGUCAAAAAUGAUGGCAUCUUUUAUUGCUAAGCAUUCAGAUCUUAUUAAAAAAUUAAGCAAUCAAUGGAUAGAACAGGGGAAAUUUAGGGAGAAAUGGUCAGAAGAAGUUGUAAUGGCAGCACAAGAACUAAUGGAGAGUGCAGUAAACCAUUGCAACAAUUCUAUCUCAAAUGAAUUGAUGCCUUUAUUUGGAGAAAUAAUUAAUACUCAUCAACUAAUGGAAAAUGAUAUGUGCAACUUAAGAGAAUUGAUAUGUAAAGAGAAAGAUCAACAAGAAGUAUUAAUCAAGCAAUACGUCAAUAAAUUUAAUGAAGAAAUAAAUAAUUUUGAAAAAUUAUUUCAUUGUAUGAAUGAAGAAAUGACAAAGCAAUUGGUUGAGUGCUCAGAAAGUGCACAAUAUAUUGCAGAUACUUAUGCAGGUAUCCUACAAGAAUAUGAAAAGAAAUCUGUUGAACUUGAAGAGAUAGUUAAUUAUCUGAAUGAAACUGUUGUGAAUUUUAAAAUAAAAGUCGACGAAUCUUCACCACAGCUUAUGAAUAUUCAUCAACAACUUCUGAGCAGUUCUAAUGAUCAUAAGAAUGAAUUAGAAAGUUACUUGGAAAAAUUAUCAGAUGACUCUAGAACAUUUGAAGCUACAGUGGAUAAUCAGGCUAAGGAAUUUGUCAAAGCUGCUGAUUCACAAAUUCAUAAAAUGAAUGAUGUCAAUCAAGAAAUUAUGAAUAUGUACAAACGUCUUAAAUCAGACUUUGUUACAUUUGGAAGCCAGAUAGAAAAGAAUUGGGAAGAUAAUGCUGACUAUAUAAAGAAGAGCAUGAAAGAGCAUUCAGAAUGUGAAAAGGAAAAUAUGAACACAAAUCUUAAUUCACUCAAGGAUUUAACAGAUACUGCUCAAGAUAUGUAUAAAUCUCAAGAUGACAUUUUAAAUAAGCAAAAGGAAGAAUUUAAAAUGCACAUUCUCUAUCAGAAAACUGAAGUGUGUAUGAUUGAAGAUAUUGUAAAACAAGAUGUACAAUCAUUAGUAGGUAAAGUGAGUGAGUGUGGGAAGGAAUUUGAAUCAUAUCUUUCUAGCUGGAAAAAAGAUGUUCCUUCAGGAGAAACACCACAGAGAAAGGAAUAUUCCUAUCCUAGAGUUCUUCCAGUUACUUCACCAGAAGAAAGAAUUUUACGGAGGUUUAGGACGACUUUAAAAGACAGUAAUUCCAAUGUUCAUUCAGCAAUUCCAAUUAAAAUUGAAGAGGAAUUUAAUGCUAAUGAUGAAAACGAAGCAAAACCCUUAACUGAGAAAAAGAUCAAUUUAACAGAUGCUCAAACUUCACAGAAAACCUUAAAAAUUAAACAUCAGAAUGGUAAAGAAAACUCUGGCACAGUGUAUGUAAAUAAGUAAAUUUAAAGUCUAAUGAUUUUUGUGAUCAAAAUUUUAUCUACAUAGCAACUCAUGUUAGAGGUGAUUAUUCAUUUUGCCAUUUUUAUAUGAAGUUGUAUUGAAUUGUAAAAUGCAUAUUUAUUUUUAAAAAUGUAAUUAACAAUUUAUAGUGAACUUUUAAAUAUUUAAAAAUUCUUUUUCUUAAUAAAUAAAUGUAAAAACUAAAUUUUUA